CUAGAUAUUAAGAAAUAAUUUAUAAAUAAUAACAACUUUAUAAAUUUAAACGAUUAAUAAAAUAAAAGUUUAUUUUAUUUGCAUCGCUAAAAAUUGACACUAAACCUUUUAUAGUCAAGAAUAUUACAUCAAUGAAUAAGUCGAUUAACAUGGAAUAUACAUCAAACCUACAGCCGGGAAAACCCUUAUUUUCUUGUGAGCAAUGGGUUGCCUUGAGGACUGGUAGUUAUUACAAAGGAGAAUGGAAUGAGAAAACUAUGCAUGGAUUAGGAAAAUAUCAUAUGCCCGAAGGGGCCAUUUAUGUAGGAAAAUUCGAAAACGGUUUCUUUCACGGACCUGGAACAAUAUACUACCCGAUAGGAUCUAAAAUCAAAGGAAUCUGGAAUAAAGGUCAAUGUCAAACACGUACUUAUAUAUUUCAAGACGGUCUUAAGUUCAAAUUAAAAGAUUGGAAGUACUGUAAAAUGACUGAUAGGAGGUACGUAUUAGAGCAUAAACAUGGUUUGCAGCCAGCUGCACGUAGCCAAAUCUCUAACCGUGAAAUUGCGACUGAGACUCCUAAAGGUUUUUACGACGCUGGUGAUGGAUUUUAUGAUCCUCGUACAAAUACCGUACAUGAUUAUGAAACCAACGAAAUGAUCAGGGUGCCUUCCGAUGCUGGAGCUAAGUGGAUAAUGGAAAACUGUUCUAAAGGUGGUGAGGUACAAAUACCUUUUCGUCCAUAUUUCAAUGAAAAUCGUUUGAGCAAUACCGUAAUAAAUAUUAACGACACAACAGCUAAAACAAUGUUUGUUGAUUCAGUUAUAGAUGAAUUUGAACAAACACAAAGUGAAGGUAGUUUAGUCACUGACACUGUAUCGGGCGUUUUGUCAGAUUGUAUUAUCAACAAUCAAAGUUUGUUCGAUACAAAUGACUGUUCAGACGACUGUGGUUUAUUUUCGAAAAUGAACAUAUCAACAGAUGCACAUCAACAACUGAAAUAUUGCCAGAAAAUUAUGAACUUAAAAAAAGCCAAGAACGAUCCAAGUCAUUUACAGUUUGAAAACAUUAGUCAUAGUGACAAUAGAAAUUGUCAACAGAAAAACCAGAAUAAUGAAGACGAACCUGGGUUUUGGUAAUUAAGUUAUUCAUUGGGCAUUCCAUAGUAAAUUUCCUGUGUAAACUUUAAU